CAUUGCAAUGCUAUUGAAAUUUCAAGAUGGCGGAUGGAUCGGUGUGCGAAAUUUAAACGUCAAAAAUACAACCAUGUACUAAAGGUAGAAUAUGUAGAAAAUACACCGAACUGUGUUAAGAAUACGCUUAGAAUAAAUUUACGCAGUUUGAUUUGGUUCAGAGCUAGCAACAAAACAUUUUGAAAAUGGCGGAUCACGAUGAAAUGGAAGACUUUGAGAUCACAGAUCAGGAUCUUAUGCAUGCUGGUCUUGGGCUAGGAUUCCGCCACCGAAAGUCCUCCAAGCGUGCGAAGGAAGAGGCGAUUUAUGGACUUUGGGCUGAACACGACUCUGAUGACGAGGGAGGUUAUGGCGGAGGAAGAAGAAAGAAAGACUACAGCCGGCCUCUCAGUUUUAUCAGCGGUGGAAUUGUGCAGAAAGGCAAGGAUAAGAAGGAAGACGGAGAGGAGGAGAACGAAGAAAACCAAGGAAGUAGUGAAGAAGAAGAAAGGGAUACAAGGGACCCAUACCGAAGCAAGAAGCUAUUUAAAGGCCAAGGUUUACAGCAAACUAGCACAACGCAUGCAGGGACCCAAGUAUUUUCUAAGAAAAUACAGAUGUCUGGAGGAAAGCAAUUUGGCCAGUGGGAAAAGUACACCAAGGGGUUUGGAUUAAAGAUGCUUCAGAAGAUGGGUUAUGAGCCAGGAAAAGGCCUUGGAAAAGAUGGGAAGGGUAGGGUGCAGCCUGUUGAAGCUUUUAAACGUGAAGGAAGAGGUGCAUUGGGCUUGUACGGGUCAGAGAGAAAAGCUGAGAAGCAGAUGGACCAGGAAUUUACUGAGGAAGAACUUGAGGAACAAAAAUUCCAAGCACAACUUCAUCAAUGGAAGAAAACCACAAAAGGAGGAAAGUCCACUCCUAAGUACAUCUACAAGACGGCAGAUGAAGUCAAGGCAACAGGUGGAAGUAAAAAAGGUCCAUCAGUAUCCCUCACACAUAGUAAGAUCAAGGUGGUUGAUAUGACAGGACCAGAGACAAAGAUUCUGACCGGGUAUGGCUCCCUGUCACAGCAGCAUGCCAAACCGGACGAGAUACCACCUACAACGUCAGUUCAAGAAGAAGGUGCUGCCUUUAGCAUGCCAGAGUUGGUGUAUAACCUUGGCCUUCUUGUUGACAUGGCAGAGGAUGAAAUACUUCAAACAGAUCGACAACUGCAAUUUGAUCGAGACUUAGUUGUGAACUUGAAACAUGAACAAGAAAGGCUUGACCAACAACUCAAACAGGAGGAAAAGCAGAUCAACCGUCUAGUUGAAGUGAUGCAAAUAAUUGAUAGGUGUAACACUCAAUCCCUAGAUACUAGCAAAGACCCACUAUCUCUUGACACAUGUGAAGAAGUCUUCAAAUUGCUUCAAGAAAAGUACUAUGAAGAAUACAAAAUGUAUGAGCUCGGAUCUCUAGCAAUACCCCUAGUCUUUCCCUUGGUGAAGCAGUACCUGCUUCAGUGGCGACCUUUGAUUGAUGGCAAGUAUGGCCUGGAUGUCAUCUCCACAUGGAAAAAACUUCUCCAGAGUGACAAACCGUCAGCUUUCACUCUCAGUCAGAUGUCAAAGCAGGACACCAACAGCAUGGAUAUCUAUGAGCGGCUAAUCUGGGAAGUAUGGAUGCCUUACUUGCGCACCGCUGUCAGCAUCUGGAAUUGUCGUGAUUCCGACCCAAUGAUAGAUCUUCUUGAGCAUUGGUUACCAGUCCUUCCUCCAUGGAUCUUUGACAACAUUCGUGAUCAGCUGAUCUUGCCGAGACUUCAGGGUGAGGUUGAAGUGUGGAACCCGUUGACAGAUCCUGUUCCUAUUCACACAUGGAUUCAUCCUUGGCUACCGUUAAUGGGCCAGCGACUGGAACCCCUAUUUGCGCCAAUUAGAUUCAAGCUGUCGUCUGCUCUUACAAAUUGGCACCCAUCCGACCCGUCAGCUAAGAUGAUCUUGCAGCCUUGGAGAAAUGUGUUUUCGAAAGGGUUUAUGGAUGCAUUUGUCCUUCGAUCCAUCUUCCCCAAGCUGUCCCAAUGCCUGGCGGAGUUUGUUAUCAACCCACAUCAACAACACCUAGAGCCGUUCCACUGGGUGAUGUCAUGGAAGGAAAUCAUACCUUUGCAACACUUUGUUAGUCUUCUUGACAAACACUUCUUUCCCAAGUGGUCCCAAGUGCUGCGUUCUUGGCUUUCCAGUAACCCAAACUACGAUGAAGUCACCAAAUGGUACAUGGGCUGGAAGUCUAUGUUCAAGGAUGAGCUACUAAACAACGUGACCAUAAAAGCUCAGUUCAAUCGAGCUCUUGACCUGAUGAACCAAGCGGUAGCGUCACCUGGUGGGUACCUGCAACCUGGAGCCAAAGAACACAUCGCGUACCUCACGAGUACAGAACGACGACGCGACGCCGAGGUCGCCGCACUCGCUGCCGCGGCUGAGAAACAAAAGGUGGAGACGGCUAGGGCCCAAGCAUCUGCGCAAAAUAUACCGUCUAAUUUUAAAGAUCUUAUCCAGAAAAUGGCUGAAGAAAACAACAUCGUGUUCACACCAAAUCGUCGACAAGAUGGCAAGAUGAUUUAUAACCUGGGCAAACUCUCCAUUUACAUCGAACGGGGCGUGGUCUACACAUUGGUGCAGGGCACGUGGAGUCCCGUCUCAGUACAGGAGCUCAUUAUGAUGGCGAAAUAGGCAGGUGCCUAUCAUAACUCGGGGCGUGGUGUGCAAUUGGUCCAGGGCGUGGUCACAGGAGCACAUUAUGAUGGCGAAAUAGACAGGUGCCUAUCAACACUCCGGGCGUGGUCUACACAUUGGUCCAGGGCGUGGUCAGAGGAGCACAUUAUGAUGGCGAAAUAGACAGGUGCCAAUCAACACUCGGGGCGUUGUCUAGACAUUUGUCCAGGGCGUGGUCAGAGGAGCACAUUAUGAUGGCGAAAUAGACAGGUGCCUAUCAACACUCGGGGCGUGGUCUAGACAUUUGUCCAGGGCGUGGUCAGAGGAGCACAUUAUGAUGGCGAAAUAGACAGGUGCCUAUCAACACUCGGGGCGUGGUCUAGACAUUUGCCCAGGGCGUGGUCAGAGGAGCACAUUAUGAUGGCGAAAUAGACAGGCGCCUAUCAACACUCGGGGCGUGGUCUAGAUAUUUGUCCAGGGCGCGAGCUCGUGUCUUAGUUGGAGGAGUGGAGCUUAAUCCUGCAAACGGCUUGUUGUCUUGGUAAAGAGAGAGAUGCAAAGGCUCACGUUUGGCUGCGGCUGCUGUAUUUUCUGUGGUGUGAUGGAACAGUAGAACUAAAGCGUCAAAUACGGAAUAUUCAUCUCUAUGCUUUUUGAUAUUCAAACCUAACCAAUCGAAAAACAGACGCAAUAAUUCAUACAAAACUCCUAAGACCACUUUUUGUAAAUACUUAUAUAAAAUCUUCAAUAAACCAUAUAAAAAAUA